CAUGUUUAUUAUAUCUCUCCUGUUUGUGGAGAGUCAACAUUAAACAGUGAAGGCCUGUUGGACACUUUGUGAAGGAUACGACUUACAGUGUGGGGCUCCCUCCUCUUAGACUCCUCACUACGCAGAGCUGAGGCAUCACCAGGAUUCAAACUCAUGACCUCCUGAAGUUCACUGCUCUAAGUUCAGUUCAGAUCAUAGAUCAUCAUCUCCUGGAGCUGAAGCUGCAGACAUGAGCGUCUGUCCUCGUGCUCUCCUCCUGGGUCUGCUGGUCAUCCUCUACAUUCAGUCCUGUGUGAUGGAUGGCAGCUUUGCGCUCGAAGUUUGAAAUCAAAGCAGCCAAUUAACAUGCAGCCUCGUUGUGGACAAGAUAGCGAAGAAGAACGUUGUGGAGCUGCGUUGGAGGAGCAGAGCACUUGUAGGCAGAACCUAUUAGAUGGUUUUGACCAUGAAGAACAAAAGCAGAACUCCCCUUAAAAGGAAAGGAAAGGCAACUAAAUUGAUGGAUUCAAAACCUGAACUCAAGUCCUCACAGACAGAAGAGCCCACAAGAAAGGUUCCACAUAGAACUCGGACAUCCCAUGCAGAAUCAAACAUCACAACUGCUGCACUGCGUGCUAACUCAAAGAAAACUAAAAAGGCACUUGAAAUGGCGGAUUCUGAACCGAAGUCCUUACAGAAGGAUGAGCCUACAACAAAGAGUCUAAUAGAUGCUGAAAGUGAAGAGAGCUUCUUGCAGCCUCCCAAAAAGAGAGCUAUUAUCAGUGAUGAAGUAGUUUCAGCAUUGAAAGAGUUACCAGAUGUGGUGAAAACAUUGAAAGAGCUUGUGGCAGCAAUGACGGUGCCUCCUGCCUCACCCGCCCUCUCAUGCUCUACAUCAUCUAGUGAUCUUCAGCCUAUUGCAUCAGCACCAGUGGAAAUGAUCACGCUGGCUGGUGGACUUAUGAUUCCUAAAAGAACAUUUGAUCAUCUUUCAAAAACAAAAAUGUCAAUUUUUCACAAGAAUUGGCAGUUGUGCUUUUUGGUCGUGAGACCCUGGCCACCUCAAGCCUCACUGGGAAAAAAACGAGCAAAAACCCCUUGGACCCUACAAAAGUCAACGCUCUCAUUGUGUACAGUUACUUUGUUCAGUGACUCAGGCUGA